AGAAUGCGUGGGCUGAAACGCCGGGCGGCUCCUUGGUGGGAGGCGCACUUCAUCUGGGAUGCAGGCUGAGGCAUCCUGACGAGACCACUUCCACCUGCUGGAGGAGGGGCUGGGGCGGAGCUAAGAUGCGGAGGAAGGUGACGCACGAGCUCUCCAGUUCGCCCGCUCCAGGCCUGACCCCACCGAGGCCCGUACCGCAGUAGGAUCCUCGGGCUGCCGCUCGGUUAAAAAUGGUCUCCAGGAUGGUCCUUACCAUGCUAUCUGGCCUACUGUUUUUGCUGGGAUCUGGAUGGACUCCAACAUUUGCUUACAGCCCCCGGACCCCUGACAGGGUCUCAGAAACAGAUAUCCAGAGGCUGCUUCAUGGCGUUAUGGAGCAACUGGGCAUUGCCAGGCCCCGCGUGGAAUAUCCAGCUCACCAGGCCAUGAAUCUCGUGGGCCCACAGAGCAUCGAAGGUGGAGCUCAUGAAGGGCUUCAGCAUCUGGGUCCUUUCGGCAACAUCCCCAACAUCGUGGCAGAGUUGACCGGAGACAACAUUCCUCAGGACUUUAGUGAGGAUCAGGGGUACCCAGACCCUCCAAAUCCCUGUCCUGUUGGAAAAACAGUAGAUGAUGGAUGUCUAGAAAACACCCCCGACACCGCCGAGUUCAGUCGAGAGUUCCAGUUGCACCAGCAUCUGUUUGAUCCGGAACAUGACUAUCCAGGCUUGGGCAAGUGGAACAAGAAACUCCUUUACGAGAAGAUGAAGGGAGGAGAGAGACGAAAGCGGAGGAGUAUCAAUCCAUAUCUACAAGGACAGAGACUGGAUAAUGUUGUUGCAAAGAAGUCUGUCCCCCAUUUUUCAGAUGAGGAUAAGGACCCAGAGUAAAGAGAAGAUGCUGGAUGGAUGAAAACCCACAUUACCUGUUAGGCCUCAGCAUGGCUUAUGUGCACGUGUUAAUAGAGCCCCUGUGAAUGGCAGCAUGUUUCUUAUAUAGAUAAUUAUGGAUAAAAAGUAGCUGUAUGUUGAUAGUGUGUUGUCUUCACACUGAUGGCCCUACUUUCUGCUAAAUUAGAUAAGAGCUUUUCUGUUUUUUGGCAUUUUAAAAAUGUGAAUCUGAGAUGGUCAUAAAAAUUGAAAUGUGAAUGUCAACAAUAAAAAGCAAGACUAUGAACGACUCAGAUUUCUUGCAGUUUUAAAAUGGUGUUUGAGGUUGUACUAUUUUGGCCAAGUCUGUAAAAAGCUGGCAUUUGAUUUUGAUUAUGUAGUUCAUCUAGCCCUUGGACAUUGUUAUACGCCAAUAAAGAAGGCUGGACUCAAGAGAAGAAGCUGACACAUUUCACUUGGCUGCAUCUUAACAAACAUAUAUGCAAGCAUUGGCA